AUGUCCGACGCGGGCGGCGGAAAGAAGCCGCCUGUAGAGUCGCAGGCGGGGCCAGGCUUGGGGCCGGGGCGCGCAGCUGGGGAAAAGGGCCUGCCGAGCUCCUUCCCGUUGGUCCUGAAGAAGCUGAUGGAGAACCCCCCGCAUUUUGUGUCUGCAGAUAAGGAGAAGGGGAAGGAGAAGCUGGAAGAGGACGAGGCCGCAGCAGCUAGCACCAUGGCUGUCUCCGCCUCCCUCAUGCCACCCAUCUGGGACAAGACCAUCCCGUACGACGGCGAGUCUUUCCACCUGGAGUACAUGGACCUGGACGAGUUCCUGCUGGAGAACGGCAUCCCAGCCAGCCCCACCCACCUGGUCCAGAACCUGCUGCUGCCUGUGGCCGAGCUGGAGGGGAAGGAGUCAGCCGGCUCCUCCACCGCCUUCUCACCCUCCUCCUCCACCGCCGUCUUUCAGCCCUCCGAAACCGUGUCCAGCACAGAAUCCUCCCUGGAGAAGGAGAGGGAGACGCCCAGUCCCAUCGACCCCAACUGUGUGGAGGUGGAUGUGAACUUCAACCCUGACCCUGCCGACCUGGUCCUCUCCAGCGUCCCGGGUGGAGAGCUCUUCAACCCGCGGAAGCACCGGUUUGCAGAGGAGGACCUGAAGCCCCAACCCAUGAUCAAAAAGGCCAAGAAGGUGUUUGUCCCCGAUGAGCAGAAGGAUGAAAAGUACUGGACAAGACGCAAGAAGAACAAUGUGGCAGCCAAACGGUCGCGGGACGCACGGCGCCUGAAGGAGAACCAGAUCACCAUCCGGGCGGCCUUCCUGGAGAAGGAGAACACGGCCCUGCGGACGGAGGUGGCCGAGCUGCGCAAGGAGGUGGGCAAGUGCAAGACCAUCGUGUCCAAGUAUGAGACCAAGUACGGGCCCUUGUAA